CGGCAUUGUCUGUUCUGCUCAGUCCACCGCUUCUUCGUUCAAGAGUCACCAACUGCGUUUGCUAGGCGAGGCCAAGAGCCACGUCCGACCUCUACACACUCGUUUCUCCCUCCUCCCCUUCUCCGCCUCCUCCUCCUCCUCCUCCUCCUCCUCCUCCUUACCCCCACCGCUCGCCACCAUGGCACCCAUUCUCGACGCCGUCGAGCAGGAGGCCAAGGACCGUAUCCUCGAGGGUUUCUCCGGUCCUGGUGUCGCCAUCACCCCUCUCCUCAUGGGCAUGAUCAUCGAUGCAGCUUUGCUCGGUAUUAUGCUAUCGCAACUCAUCCACUGGUUUGCGCACCAGCGGUCACAAGAGUCCAAGCUGCACCAAUAUGCUGUGUUUUGGUGCUCGUUCAUGGGCUGCACCGUCUUCCUCCUGUCCACAGGCUGGAUCAUCUACCUCUUCGGAUACAACUUUGGCCGCUGGGUCCCGUUCACAGACUACCGAUGGCUCUCGCUUUACCCCAUCGUUGACGCCUCCAUGGUCCUUGUCGUCCAGGUAUUUUAUGCCGAGCGUGCCUACAAGAUCGCCAACCGGAGCAAGCUGCUGAUCCCUGCCGUCGCCUUCCCGAUGUUCGUAUCGCUCGUCGGCGGUGUCGGUGUCGCCGUGUGCGGCUUCGUCAGCCGGAUCAUCACGACCAACUACCGUAUUUUCGUGUGGUUUUGGAUCGGUGGCUGCUUCAUCGCCGACAUCAUCAUCACGACCAUCGUGCUGUGGGGCCUCACGCGCUCUCGCUCGCCCUGGGAACAGACAGAUAUCCUCGUGAAGCGCCUGAUCCGCGUCGCCUGCGAGUCGCAGCUCCCGCCGACGAUCUGUGCGCUUGCGCUCCUCAUCGACUGGUGUGUGCAGCAGGACAGCUUCUACGGCGUCUUCUUCGAGAUGAUCCAGGGCAAAGUCUACGUUGUCGGCAUGAUCUAUGUGCUCAACCAGCGCUUCUUCCUGCGCCGCGAGCUCGACGAGACCAACAACCUCAACGCCCGCCCGGCGUUCAGCACGUUCAAGGGCGGCCGGAACCGCACCGGCGCGCCGCUCGGCCCCGCCACCAUCCACGUACAGACCGAGACGUAUGUUGAGUCCCACCAGAUCAACCCGGCAUUCAUGCCCCAGCGCCUCCAGCCCAAGAUCCGCGAGGCAAGCGAGAGCGGCGACACCGAGAUGAGCGAGCUCGACGGCGUCAACCAGUCCGAGGUCGGCCUCAACUCGGAGUACAUGGAGCGCGUGCGUGCCGCGCGCAAAAAGCCCGAGUUCAACGUCGCGUCGUUUGCCGCGAUGGGUUAAGGAGGGUGUGGUGUGUUGUGGUGUGGUGCGGUGCAUGUGUUCAGCAUUUGCAUUUGUUCCACGUUUGCUUCGUUUCUGCUGCAGUGGAUUCUGCGUUGCAUUGGGUUUGCAUUUGCAUUGUUUGCAUCUGUCGCGCAUGCUGUCACACUUGCUCUUGCCUACCUGCACCUGCCC